AUGGUUGAACGAGAUAAGCAAUUCCGAGCGUGGUUGCGGAAGAGACGAGAAAAUCCUUCCACAUCAGGACCUCAGCCCUUCGUGAAAUUUGGUCCGUCCGUUGUGAAUGCAAAUGCUUAUAGGGAUCCUUCACGCAAGUAUUGUUUUGGUGUCGAUCCUCCAGAACUGAAAAUUCCUUUUGAAAAGGAGGCUGAUCUUGAAAGUUAG